GUAGCACUUGCUUCUUCUCAAUCAUAAAUGGUGUGAUGUGAGAGCGCGAUUUUAUUUUAUGGAAUCCCAUAAAAUAAAAUGUUAUUUGAAAUGAGGUAGCACCCGAAAAUAGUAAGGUUAAUAACAUCUCGAUAUUAUGCCUUAAUUUUUCGUGUUGAAGCAGAGUAAUUGGGAAUGCUGAACAUGAAUAAUACUUUAGUUGCAAAUGAUGAAUAUGAAGUUAUCGGGGAGGCCCAAUGGCAAAUCUUGGAAACAAACGCUGAUGAGCAAGUUAUCAAAAUCUAUGGCUACAAGUAUUCAAAAAUACGUGCAGCUAUAUUUCAUACAGUUUGCAUGUCACUAUGUGGACUACCAUAUUUUGCGUUUUCAUAUUAUCCAACAUUAAACCGAUUCAAAUAUAUAAAAUGCAGUUUAAAAACGGCUGAUGAAUUAUGUGUAACAGAUGGCGAAGACUCUUUCCAGAUCGAAAAAGUAAAUGAAAUAGAUUUGAGCCUCUCCAGCCAUAGAGGAAAUAGACUGCGCUAUUUCGUUUACCAACACAGCCGCUAUAUAUGGCUUAAUGAUAACGGCAUCUUCAUCAAUGUAUUGGCACUCAACGAAAAAUUAACAAUAAGCAUGUUGAUGGAAAAUAUGUGUGGCAUCAAUAAAAGGCAACAAAAUGAAUUGAUUAAAUUGUAUGGAGGCAACUCAGUAGAAGUCGAAGUUAAAUGCUACUGGACAAUAUUUGUGAAUGAAGUAUUCAAUCCGUUUUAUUUAUUUCAAGUUUUUUCUAUAAUCCUAUGGUCACUGGAUGAAUAUUAUCAGUAUGCAACUUGCGUUUUCCUGCUUUCUGCGGCUUCGUGUAUGAUGGCGCUGUAUCAAACUAAACAGAUGAGUAUAAACCUGCACAAAAUGGCGGGCUCGACCAGCACGUUCACGGUGACCGUGCUGCGGCCGACGCGCACGGGGCGCGAGGAGUGCGUGGUGAACGCGGGCCGGCUGGUCCCCGGGGACGUGCUGGUGCUGCCGCCCGACGGCUGCGUCAUGCCGUGCGACGCCAUGCUGCUCACCGGCACCUGCAUCGUCAACGAGUCCAUGCUCACCGGUGAAAGUGUACCUGUCAUGAAAGGACCCCCCUGCGUUUCACAAGAAGUUUAUUCAACGGAUACGCACAAGAGGCAUACGCUUUUUGCUGGCACACACGUAAUCCAAACAAGAUUCUAUGGAAACAAUCAGGUGUUGGCGAAAGUCGUUCGCACCGGCUUUUACACUGCCAAAGGAGAGUUGAUUAAAAGUAUUUUAUUUCCGAAAAAAUUUGAUUUUCAAUUUUAUAAAGACGCCGUUAAAUUUGUCAUAUUUAUGUUCUGCAUCGCCGCUAUCGGAAUGGCAUACUCGAUUUGGCUAUACGUACGCCGAGGUAGCCUUUUGGGUACGAUUGUGCUACGCACGCUGGAUAUAAUCACCAUAGUGGUGCCUCCAGCGCUGCCCGCUGCCAUGACGGCCGGCAUCGUCUACAGUCAGCAGCGCCUCAAGCGCAACAAGAUCUUUUGCGUGUCCCCGCCGCGCAUAAUCAUGUGCGGUAAACUGCAGGUUAUGUGCUUUGACAAGACGGGAACUCUAACAGAGGAUGGACUGGACUUUUAUUCAGUGAUACCAUUCAACCCUACUGAGAAAUUUGGUCGACGUUGCAAUGAAAUUGUUGAUCUACCCAAUAAAAGCCCUCUUGUUCAAGCCUUAGCAUCUUGCCAUUCACUUACAAGCAUUCAAGGACAAUUAAAAGGAGAUCCAUUGGACUUGAAGAUGUUUGAAUUCACUCAAUGGGUUCUUGAAGAGCCAGGACCUGAAAAUACCAGAUAUGACAACUUAACUCCAGCUAUUGUAAAGCCAGCCACUGUGAACAAUGAGGAUCUUCAGAACUUGGACAAUUAUGAUCCAUUUACAAUGGAGAUGCCUUAUGAGAUAGGAUUGCUACGCAGAUUCCAUUUUUCAUCAUCUCAGCAAUCUAUGGGAGUUAUUGCUCGAGUUCUUGGUCAACCCCAAAUGGUUUACUAUGUGAAAGGAGCUCCUGAAAAGGUUGCAGGCAUGUGUGAUCCUGAUUCACUACCAGAUAACUUUAGUAGCGUUCUCAACGAGUAUACAUCAAAUGGUUUCCGAGUGAUUGGCCUCGCUUAUAAGAAAUUAGAUCGUAAGAUGAAGUGGGUUGACGCUCAAAGGCUUAAGCGAGAGACGAUAGAAUGCGAUAUGAUGUUUUUAGGCUUUCUAGUCAUGCAAAAUAGCCUAAAACCAGAAACAACGCAAGUGAUAAAAGAAUUACACGAUGCUAAUAUGAGGCAGGUUAUGGUUACUGGGGAUAAUAUAAUGACCGCUAUGUCGGUAGCUCGAGGCUGUUCAAUGGUUCAGCCUCAUCAAAAAGUAGUGCUUAUUACUGCAUCCCAACAACUAAAUAAUGAUCAAAGACCAGCACUGAAUAUGGAAGUGGUAGGCGAAGGUGGUCCACCUAAAUUAGCAAUGGACGCAUAUGUCAUAGCAAUGGAGGGCAAAACUUGGUCCGUCAUGCGUACAUAUUAUCCAGAGAUGAUUCCCACCGUUGUUAAUAAAGGCAUGAUAUUCGGUCGCUUCGGGCCGGACCAGAAGACGCAGCUGGUGACGGCGCUGCAGGGCGCGGGGCUGGUGGUGGGCAUGUGCGGCGACGGCGCCAACGACUGCGGCGCGCUCAAAGCCGCGCACGUUGGCAUCUCGCUGUCGGAGGCCGACGCCUCAGUGGCUGCGCCAUUUACAUCUCAAGAACAAAAUAUACGAUGUGUAAAAUUGCUGGCUUUGGAGGGACGAUGCGCGCUCAGUACGUCUUUUGCCAUCUUCAAGUAUAUGGCUCUCUAUUCGCUUAUUCAGUUCUUCUCCAUACUUAUCCUCUACAAUUUCUACUCCAUUCUUGGGAACAAUCAGUUCCUGUAUAUUGAUCUUGUUCUUACUACUCUACUGGCACUCUCGUUGGGACGAGCGGCGCCUGGCCCUGUACUUACUAAGCAGUCACCACCAGUUUCCCUCGUAGCCAUGACAAGCAUAUUGCCCUUGAUAAUGCAAGUUUUAUUAGUUCUGAUCAUGCAACUAUCUGCUAUUUACCUUUUGGAGUCUCAGGAAUGGUUUAAACCAGUAGAAGGUGGAGCAAAUGUAGAACAAGUGGUGUGUUGGGAAAAUACAGUUAUAUUCAUUAUUACAUCAUUCCAGUACUUAAUUAUGGCUUGUGUUUAUGCCAAAGGUUGGCCCUUCCGUCAACCAUUUUGUACCAAUUAUUAUUUGGUAAUAACAUUAGUGACUCAGGCUGUAUUCGUGACAGUGUUAUUGUUGUGUCCAUGGAAGGCGUUGACGGAUUACAUGGAAGUUGAGGCUGUGAACAUGUCAGAUCCUGAAACUUAUAGGUUUAGAGUCUAUUUACUGAUCGUACCCGUUCUGCAUCUCCUGCUAGCUAUAGCCACUGAGGCGACGCUGUCAGAUCAAGAUCGAUUCUCCGCCUUGCUGCGCGUGCUGCGCCGUCAGUGCUCCGACAAGGAGGAGGCGGCGGGCGAGGCGGCGUGUCCGCUGUGGGCGCCGGCCUCGCCCGCGCACGUGUGCUGACGGUCCCGGCCCCGCACAGAUGAUAUACCCCUAGCUGGGGUGCAGUCGAACCGCUUUCUAUUUCGAUUAUUCAUCUCUAAAUGCAUCUCAUUAACUAAUUACUAGCACAGUUUGUUGGAUUGGUUGAUGUUUAUGAUUACUGCUCCGCACCUUACGGUCGGAGCGAAUUAUAUUACUGUCUAUGACCUUAUUAAAAGGAGUGCAAAGUUUUUUUUAAAUCGAAUUGUUAGAGAUUAUCAUGUUCCAACAUAUAAACUGUACAGCUUCAUGAUAAUAGUAUAGAUUCAAAAUUCCAUAUUUAAUUAAUGAUAUAACGGAUAGGUUAUGCUACGUAUCUGUGAAAAGUAUUUUGAGGUGUUUUUACUUAGUGUGUCGUUUUCAUAUUUACUGCUGAUUAUGUCUUACCCAAAUGAAUAUACUACUAAUGAAACUAUAGAUAUAAUGAAUUAUAUGAUAAUGUAAAACUAUUUGUGUAAUGUAGUUUCAUCUACUUUUCUACUUAAGUCGUAUUGAAAAUAACCUUCCAUAUGCCAUGAAACAUGAAAUUGGAAGUAAAAUAUACUCCUACUUAAGAUUGAGAUUUAUAAUUUGUCUAUCAUUGUUUUGAACUUUUGUUGAAAAAACCUUUGCAUAAGUUUUAAUAUUACAUAUGACUUGCAAGUUCUUACCUAAUUUUAUUAUUUAACUAAUAUUUCUAUUUAUUUUAUAUCAAAAUUAAAAAAAAACAACUUAUCUUAUAGUUAAUGGAAAUGUCUUGCGUGAACAUAACAUGUCCACUGUGUGUUUAUUUAUAUUAUAUUCCAAUGGCAGGAGUAAAGAUAAACAAAUCGUAUUUUUACAUAUUCAUUGCUAAUAUAAACAGGUUUUGAAUAAUAUAUCUUUAUUAAUUUUACUUAUAAAUUUCUCCAAUAUUUAAUUUUUUUUUAUUAUUAUAUUACAGUCACAACCAUAUAUUACUGCAACACCGUAGAUUAUUGCAAAUCUCGAUCAAUGAUAUCUUGUCAAUUCAAGGUUAUCUUUGCUCCUGCUAUCAAAAUCUGCUAAAAACUUCAAAGAUUUUUUUUAACUUAUAAAUUAUUUCUAGUAAAAAACACUUAAAGUUUACUUUAAAUGUCAAUAGCAUAAAAGUUUUUGAGGUAUUUACAUUGGAUAAUAUAAUGUUUUUAAGGUUAAUCUUUAGUAAUAAAAUGUAAAAUUAGAUAAAAUAGUGAUUAUUGCGGUAGUUGUGUAGCAUAACAACUUAGGUGUACUUUAUUCAAAUAAAUUCUUCAAAUUAUACCAAAAAUAUUAAAAGACAAAAUUUGUCUGAUGAACAAUUCUGUCCUUUGAAUACAAGUAAUCAGUAUAAUUUUAUUUAUGUGAUCUUAUAGAAAUUAAAUUUAAUGGGAGUGAGAUGAUCUAAGGCUGUGUUGUUUCUCUUCUCACUCAUCAUCUUAUUUAUAACUAUUUAAGUACAAAACUAAUGAAAUCCAAAAAUUUGUUGAAAAACAAUUUUAAUGUUGCUAGUUAAGCAUACAUUUAUGCCAAUAAAGGCUAAAACUACACAAAAGAAACAAACUAAUUUGACAAAUUAAAAAAAGAUUGCCAUCUCUUUCUUAUGUGUUCGAUUUAACUGCCUCGUUGGUCUAGUGACUAGCUUAUAAGGCUGCAGAUACCGAAGAGCUGGAUGAUACCCCCGUUGGGUCAUUAAAUGGCUAUUGGGUUCAUCUGUCAAGUAAUCUUCAGUAAGUCCAGAGUUUGGACGGUGUCGGUGUUUACAAUCGCGUACCUAGACGCCUCUCGUGUUGUGUCGGAUAGCCCAUCGGACUAUAGGAGUGAUAAAAUAGGAAAUACACUUGUUUUUUUACAGCAAAACUCCGUUGAGAAAAACUGCCGUAGCCGAAACCCGCCAGAACAUCAUUUUUAUAGAGGGUUAUAACGGCAGAGCAAGUUUAAUUUAGAGGUCGUGCAAAGGGUCCGCACUAAUGCCUACAAAAGAUAUUUAAACAAUUCAAAUAGUUUAUUUUAAAUUAAUAUAUUUUUUUGAAAACCACGUUACCCUUUCUAGUAUUGUUUUUUUUAUAUAACUACCUAUGCUUAAUAUUUCAUUAACAAAUUUAAUUUGUUACUUUUAUGUAUGAAGUGCUUUUUUUAAAAUUUUGUUGAAUAUUUAUUUGUUAUUUUACGGUAUUUUACAUUAUUGCUUAUUAUAUUCGAAUAUUGACCUCUACUUAUGCUUUUCAGUUUUUAUUGUAAUAUAACUAUAAUUAAAGACAUUAAUAUGUAUAUAUAUUGUAGUAAGUUAUUAUUCCAGUUUUUUUUGCGUGUUUCCGAACUAUUCUAUACAUGGCUAUACUUAUUUUUAAUGAAUUAGACAUACUUGUCAUUUAAUCUGCUUAUUCAAAAUAAGUCUUAAAAGUUACUUAAUUUCAGGAAAUAAAUUUUAUAUAAAUAUAAAGGUUAUGUUAACAAAUAUUAGUUACAUCUUUAUUAGAAAAGUUUUAAAUGCAGAUUUUUGAACAUUUCGAUUUUUUUAAAUUUAUUUGUAAUCCAACAAUCUAACUGCUUUACCAAUAAAUAUUGUGUGAUUAGUUAAAAAAUGUUGUGUCUUCUACCAAAUGUCAAAUCCAUGGUAACAGUGAGAGAAAACAAACUUUUAACUUAGCCGUAAAUGAUUAAUGAUACUUAAGUCAACAUUAUACUUAUCCUAUAGCUGUUAGCACAUACCUCGUGAUUUAAGAAAAAUGUUAUUUUGUUUCAUUGUGUUAUAUAAAAAUAUAUAUAAAAUUAUGAUAUUUUGCUACCUUCUUUAGCUAUUCAAAAAAAUUUUAUUGUACUUAAUAUUUUUGUAAAUCAUUUAACCUUUCGUAAUGUUGUGGUUAUUGAUUAUUUUGUAGCUGUUUUACGUAACAAAGUUUUAGGAAUAUUUUAUCUUAUUAAAUUUCAAUAGAAUGCGUACUUAAUUUAUAAAAUCAUUUUCGUAAUGAAUUCAGUUGUACCAAAUUAACAAUGUAAUGUAACCAUGACAUUCGUAAAACAUCCAAAAUCAUGCAGUUGUGUUUGUUGUACGUUAAUUAAUUUAAUUAUUUGUUAGGCAGAAUUAAAUCAUUUAAUUACGUAUUUAUUAUUUUAUGUAUUUAAUAUAUUUAAAAACUAAAUUAAUUUUGAAAUAAAAUAGUUAUAGUAUAUUAAAAGGCUAUGCAUUAUUCCUAAUAAUAGUACUUAGUUAUUUUAAAAGCAUUUAUUUCCCUGUAAGGCAUAAACGAUACCUAACAAAAUUCGCUGAAGAUAUAAAGAAUAGUUCUUUUACAAAAUGUUAAUUAUAAUUUAUUGAACUGCAUUAUUGUGAUUAUAUUCGACUUUUAUUGUGUACGUUUUAAAUUCUCGAAUAUUUGAACUAGUUGACUAUGUCAUGGUAAUGUAGUUCGAUUUGAUGUUUACAUAAGACAACUUAGAUGGAUGUGACCAACAUAUGAAAUAAAAAUAAAAAAUCAGAA